CUCACAUAUGGAUGUUUUCCCCCAGAGGAGAGUGAUGCAGAUCAGUUCCCUUCCUUUUUCCGCAUGGUACCCAAUGACAGCCAUCAAUAUAUGGGGAUCAUCAGCUUACUAAAGCAUUUUGGAUGGAAAUGGGUUGGACUUUUUGUUGUGGAAGGUGACAGUGGAGAAAAAUUCUUGCAGACCCUGGAACCAUUCCUUUCCGAGCAUGGAAUCUGUUCAGCCUUCACACAAAAAAUACCACAAGUAGCCCAUUUAGAUGAGCUGAGUGUAACAAUUGGUGCGUUCUUCAAUAUUUUUCUGUCUUUAACAGAUGAUAAAGUCAAUGUAUGUAUAAUCUUUGGAGAAUCUUUAGCUCUUGCAUGGAUAAGAAUUGUUAUAUUUCUACGAGAUCCUGAAAAUAAGGAAAGUUCAUCAUUUAGGAAGGUUUGGAUCAUAACCACGCAGAUUGAUGUCGUAUUAAUAGGUAUUCAAAGGUUUUUGGAUUUUGAGCUCUUUCAAGGAUCCAUUUUCUUCACAAUUCACACAGAAGAGCUUCUAGGGUUCAACACGUUUCUUCAGAAUAUAAAGCCUGAUAGAAUAGACAGAGAUGGUUUCCUCAAGGACGUCUGGGAGCAAGCAUUUGACUGUACAUUGCCAACCCCCAGUGUGCCUUUAGAUAGUAACGAACAUUGUACUGGGGAAGAGAGACUGAAGAGCCUUCCGGGGGCGCUGUUUGAAAUGGGCAUGACUGGCCACAGCUACAGUAUCUACAAUGCUGUCUAUGUUGUGGCUCAUGCUUUGCAUGCCAUUGUCUCAACUAGAUUGAAGCAGAAGACUUUAAUGGCAGGUGGAAAGUUGGAUCUUCAAGACUGGCAACCUCUGAAG